AUGUCCUCUGACUUCCUUACAUGCGCUGCUCUUACAUGCUCUCCCCCCAUCCCCCCAUCUCCCCAUGCUUUUUUUUCCCCUUCUCCCCAUCCACUGCAGCUGCUCGCUUCUCUCUCCUUCCAUUCACCGCUCACUGUCAGUGUGCCCCACGCCGCUUCUUCUUCGCCCGUCGGAUCCCACCCCCCUUUUCAUCCCCUUCCCCUUCACUCCAUGUCCCACCAUGGCGUUCUCAUACGCUCUACUUACCUUUGCCUCCUCCCAUGCACCGCAACUCCCUUUUCCCCCGUGCCCGCAUCCCCCUCUACCUACCGCCUUUCUCAACAUUCCCACAUCCCCCCUAUCCCUCCCUCCCCAAUACCUCAUUCUCUUUUUCACCCCUCUCCCACCCGAUCCCCAUGCCCCAUCCAUUCCCCCAUUCCCCCAUCCUCGAGCCCCUCCUAUCCCCCCUUCCCCCCUCCAUUUCUCCAUCUCGCCAGUCCCCCGCCUUUUCCUGCAGUGAACCUCGCGGUGCUGCUCGCCCAAGCUGCCCAGGCUGGACUUGGCCCUCGCCCGCCACAUGCUCGAAAAAGUGUGCGAGGAUGCGUGCCUGCGUACUGCAUGGUACAAGCCGGUGCUGAAACGUCUCAAAACAUCCCCGCCCUUCCCAUCUAUGACCCCCAUCUGCUUGGUGUGCUGCAGGUGUUUGCACCAACUGUCUGCCAGCAGGUCGCCUGGUGUGUGAGGACUGCAUGCGCAGCACCAUGCGACCGCAUGCCAGCUUGUGCCGACCGCAUGGGGCUGCGCAAGCUGGCGCGAGUGGCCGCGGCUACGGCCCCCGAGGAGGCAGUGGAAUCCAAUGGGCAGCGCACGCCGUCUCUUUCUGACGUCCCUCCUUUAAAGCCACUCUCUGACCCCUCUCUCCUACCCACCCACCUCGGUCUUCCCCCUUUUCUCUCCUCCGUCGGCCGGCCCAUGCCAGGAGUAGCCCGCCCUUGA